GCUACUGAUAUCAUCAAACCUAUCCUACUACUUUGUAUCUGUUAGGUUAAGUUAUAUUUUAUUAAAUUUUUCAAGCAGAAGUGACCUAAAAAUUUAUUAUUUGGUAUACAUUUCCCGCAAAGAAAAUGACAACUUUAAGGCCGUUCACUUGCAACGAUCUGUUAAAAUACAAUAAAGUGAACAUGGAUCCGUUAACUGAAACUUAUGGAAUAUCCUUCUACAUGCAAUAUCUUGCUCACUGGCCCGAAUACUUCCAAGUUGUUGAGGCACCCAAUGGAGAAAUUAUGGGAUACAUAAUGGGCAAGAGUGAGGGCCAUGGUGAGAACUGGCACGGCCAUGUUACAGCCCUCACCGUAUCUAACAUGUACCGGAGGCUCGGCGUGGCGGCAACACUCAUGAACUCUCUGGAGAAAAUAUCUGAAACAAAGCGUUGCUACUUUGUGGAUCUGUUUGUCAGGGUCAGUAACAUAGUGGCUAUCACCAUGUAUCAGGCCCUCGGCUAUAUUGUGUAUCGAACUGUGUUGGAAUACUACUCAGGAGAUCCUGAUGAGGACGCCUACGAUAUGAGGAAGGCCUUAAGCAGAGACAAGGAGAAGAAGUCCAUAAUUCCUCUAGACCACCCUGUCAGACCUGAGGAAGUUGACUGAUAUAUAUAAAAAGGGCGUUGUCAGUUAUUUGAAUUGAUUGUGUUAUUUGAACUUAUUUGAACUUUUUUAAUUGUGUCGUAAGUUAAUUUGUUUAUUUUCUAAAAGGAAAUGAAUAUAAUUCAAUUUUGUUGUUUUUUUUACUUAGGUUUUAAUUGGUCAAAGAAUGAAUUUAAUUUGUUUCAUGAAAAAUUAGAACAGAAUAUAAUUUUUUCCUAUCUUUAUAGUUUUAUGAUCUUAAAGAUAAUUAAUAUGGAAAGUGUUUGGAAUGUUUGAAUUUUAUUCACUGUUUACUAUCACUAUGUAAUCUAUCCAUGCAAUUAAAUAGAUUUAAAUAAACGGCAUCAGCAAUCUGACACAUACUUUCUCCCAUUAGCUUGUCAACAACCUUUUUCAUGGGUUUUAAGCUGUGGGAGUAACUAUGAUAUUUUAAAUAGGAAAAAUCACAACAGUUGGAAUAACUUUUGAACCGUAAUUUUUACAGCUAUGGUAGUUCAGAAUUUAAAGGGCUAUAACAUACAAAAAUUUUAUGAAAUUCGUUCAGGCUAUUUUUGAGAAAAUUCAAAUGUUCUGUUAUUUUAUGGGAAAAUCGUUAAAAGUCCAAAUACAAAAUUUAAAAACCCUGGAGAUACCAUGGAUUAGUCCCUAACAUACCAAAUUUCAUCAAUAUCUGACCACAUGCUUGGUCUGUAGCUCUAUACACCUCCACACACACCGACAUCACUUCGAAAACCACUUUUUUGAGUCCAGGGGGAUUUUAAUUUAAAUUUUGAUGAAAAAAAAUGGUAUAAGGGGAGAAAGUAAAAAUGCUUCCUUAUAUCUACAGCUGACAUUUGGUGUUAAUGUAAUGAUUUUAUGCUAACAUAACUUGGACGGGUAGCGUCGUUCUGUAAUCCAGCUACUAGGUCACGAAUUGUGGAGACGUAGGAAUUGGCUAACUCAGGAACUCGCUAACUCGGUCGUGUGUCAGAACUGGCUAACCGUCUCAGUCAGGAAUUGGCUAACUCCGGAACCCGCUAACUCGAUUUUGUCUCGCGGCGGAAUUCGCUAACUCUGGAAGUCGCUAACCCGGCCGCGCCCACUGCACGGAGCGUUGCCAACCUUGUACGACAAAAUAACCGUACACUGCCGUAUUUCAAAAUGUCAGUGUCAAUGAAGAUACAGUAAAUGUUAUUGUUUUUUGUUAUCAAUUCCACUUUUAACAGAUAACUAGCCCAAAGGAAUUCAAAGACAAUUGAAAAAUCAUGAAAAAGUGUUUAUUUAUUUAACUGUACAAUGGCCAGUUAAAUGUUUAUGAUUUCGAUCUUAAAAAUUAAUGCCAUCAGUACAAAAGAAAAUAAUAGAAUAUGAAAAAUAUUGAAAAUUCAGUUUAAUUGAUACUAUAUAAUUAGACCCCUACGAAAUUAAGCUAAAAUACACGCAAGUUCUCAAACACGGAAAACAGAUUUAAUCGUAAUUUCGUAAUAAACCAAAACCAUUAAUUAAUACAGUCAUCAACUAUCGUAACUUUCAUAACUAAUUCAUAGAUUUAAAAUCAAAUGUUCGUCGUUGAACCGUCCAACUUACUUGUACAAAUAUGAUGACAUAGACUAAGUUUUUAUCUAGACCUAAUAGUUUUAACCAAAGCAUUGUAGGCCUACUAGUAAAUAGUUGCCUAAUUAUAAAAUGUGUUGAAUUUUUUAGCAAUAAUGUUACAUGUUUUAAACCCAUUUUUAGAUUGUACACCUAAGCACCACUAGUAAAAAAUAGAAGAAGAUAUAAUAUUCAUAUAAUAAAAAAUGACAGGGUUAUUUUAAUUCACGAUUCUUAAUAAACAAAUUGACUGAUUUUCCUGAUUUGAGUGUUGGGUUUCCUUUAUAUUGCUUUCACAAACUAUAUAAACGAUACCAAGCCAUUGCUCGGUUCACCGUUCUGGUACUGAGCUACACAAUAGACAAUAGCUUUGUUUUUGGAUAAGAUCAAGUAAUUUUAGCUAUGGCCACCAUUCAUAAGAAUUGUUACAAACAAGAACGCCUGGGCCCAUUUAGAACCAGCCUGGAGAAAAACUCUAGACUUUAAUAAAUAGGCCUACUGAAAGAAAAAAAAAAAGAAAAAUACAUUACCACUACAAUGUAAUUCUGUAAUGACGUUUAACGUGUAAAUUUUAUUAUGAUUUAUGAUUCAAGGUUACAAGCCCAGUAUAUAAAAUGCGAACUCAAUAAUUUUAUUUGCAGAAGCUCACAAAAUGGUAUUUAUUCGAAUAAAAGAAACAAAUGGCGGACUACGAAAAUAGAUAUUUCAAACAUGUAAUAGAUCCAAAUUAAAUGUGCAUUUUUAUCUUUUUGCAUACCAAAAAGCUACUAUUUAAGUAAGAAACCUACAUAUAACACAUACUCCCUUAUAUUAGUACACUAGCAGAGUACCCGUACUUCGUACGGGGUUGGUAUAUAAGUGUAAAAUGUUUAUUGCAGUCAUACUCAAGCUUUGUGUUUGCAAUGGGGGACGACAGAGUUUGAUAAAAUUUGGUUCUCGAAGUUUACGGUAUGCUAUAGUAUAACACAUUUACCAUAGCCAUAAUGCUCUACUAUACUGCACCUAAUCAAACCUUUGCACAAUAUCACAAAUGAUUCAUUAAAUGGUCAUAUAGGCCUAAAAAUAACUGUAAACAAUCCUACUUUGAUAGUUGUCAUUGCGUAUCACAGCUUUUGUUGCUGCUUAGUUCAAUUAGCUAUUGUCAAAAAUUCAAACAAAAAAUGGCCUAAUCGUGUUGUACCCUGUUGGUAAACCUUAUAACGUUUUAAUGCUAUUGCAUAUCAUAGAACCAACUUGUUUAGUUGAAACAGCUGACUUAAUUCUCUAAUUCCUUUUAAAUGUGAAUACUCAUAAGGUUAACAUAGGGAUCCAUAGAGCCACUGGGGCGGCGCCCGGAAGGAUUUUUGAGAUAAGAAUAGGCUUAUAUGUUAAUCGGGAAUGUGAGCUAUCAUUAUGCCAAAUUUCAGCCCAAUCCGUCCAGUAGUUAAAGCGUGAUUGAACUUCAAACAAACAAACUUUCACAUUUUAUUAUUAGUAUGAUUUCUCAUCCUUAUGGAUCAGCUGAAGACAGUUUUAUUGUUAGUUCUGUCCGGUGCACUGUCUUUAGAGGUCGUGUUUUGUUAACAAUUGUUUCUUGUUUUCAGUCAUUAAAAACUUCGUUUAACCAAAUAAGACGUUCUAAUCACAACUAAUAACACGUCCCCUAGUUAUAUAACCAAACAGUAAAGAACAAAUCAUGAAGUUAACUAUCAAAUAAUAGAAACACAAUUUUGUCGACACUAGCGAUCAGUGUCGCCGGACAUGAACUAGACACGAAAAACGAGCUUCAAAGUUUACAAUGGGAUGUAAAGUUUACUUGUGUUGGUUAGUCUAUGGUAAGACUAUAAUGCAUUUUCCACCCUAAUAAUCAUAAGAAUAAUGUUAAACAUACUUCCAAAUAUGUUUAUUUUAUCGACUACGUUGUUCUUACUCCUAAUUAAUCGUAGGAUACGACAUUAUGGUACCGAUACGAUAUAGGUACUACACUUUCGGCAACACUGGCCAAAAAUAUUCGUGCUUGGCUCCCAUUGGACGGCCCGUGAGGCUUCUGAUUGGAAGUUAGCGAGUUCCGCCGAGGGACCGAGUUAGCGACUUCCGUACGAGGACGGAAUUCGCUAACCCGGCUCUAGAGCGGGUUCCGGAGUUAGCCAAUUCCGAAACCGAACAAGUUAGCGAGUUCCUCUCAUCGACCAAAUUUGAAGAUAGGGCGUUUAACAUGGGGUUAGCGACUUCCAGAGUUAGCCAAUUCCGCGGACCCGAAUUGUGGAUAUUUAUAGGCAUGUACUGUGGAUGUGAUGCUCCCUGGUGUGAAUUAACGUCCGCACUAGUGACUUUCCGCAGUUCUAUCCUGAUAAUUAAACCAAUUCGUCGAUUACAAGGUAAAAAUGUGGUUCGUAUUCCACUAUAAACUGUAGGUCCCUUAGUUGCCAUUGGGCUAUUAAUUAACAGCUGUGUCUAAGUAAAAUGUCGGCCUUAGUCACUAUAGUUCGGCCGCUUAGAAAGCGACCUCCUCCAGCAUUGGCGCGUUAGCAUUAGCGCGCAGGUCGUUUUCUAAGCGGCCGAACUAUAACAAGAUUAGGCCACUCAUCCCACACACUCAUAUUUGGGUUAAAAUAUGCACAUAGUGGCGUCCCCAUCUUAAACAAUUGAUAAUUGAUUAAUUUUAUAUGUAUCAUUUUCUUAUUGCAUUUGAUAAUUUUCUUUUUUUAAUCACCUCAACAGUCAUAGAUUGUAUAAAGCCUUGUUGAUAUGAUAUUAAGUCUGUUGAAUGUAUCAAAAUAACUUGGACUUUAGUAAGAUUAUAUUAUAAUUUGUACCAUUGUACUACUGACUAAAUAAAUCAAAAUUAAUCUUGUGUA